CGGAAAGGAGUAUUUUCUUUUGUACUAGACUUUGUCAUUAGUGCGAAGAAGACGACGACAUGGAGGUGAUAGAAUUUUCGAAAAAGAAGAAAAAUUGUGCUGCCCCUAUACGGCCAACCACCUGCCCAUGCAAUAUCAAAUGCAACAGGAGGUAUGUUCAGCCACCAAAGGUCACAUCAUUUGCUCCUGAGAGGAAUUACUGUCCUCCAGCAAAACCCAUUGAUGCAAAAACAACUUACCAUCUCUCGUAUCUGGAUAUGGACCAUACAGCAUCCCGACAAGCAAGACCAAAGCCUUUCAAACCCACGCAUAGCUUGGAUAUGGCUAAGGAUAAGUUUGCAAAUGAAACUACAAAUAAAUUGAGUUACAGACCAGUUUGGGGUUCUGUAAAAGCAAAGCCAAUAGUACCUUGUAGAAGGCAAACAAUUGGUAAAGGACGAAUGCAAUCCACAACAACGACACGUCAUGAUUACAUUCCCAAAAUGAUACCUCAGCCAGAAAUAAUAAUUCCAUGUGGAAGUAUCAGGCUUAGUUCAGGCAUGCUAGAUACAAGGACUACGGCAGGAUUAUCAUACCUGAAUCCAGGACGUGCAGAGCCAGUACCCAAUUAUAAACCGAGGAUGACAUAUUGUCCACCUUCUGAAGCUAUCGACAAGAACACUACACAGAAGCUGAGUUAUCAGCCAUUUUGUGUGCUCCAGAAAGAACGUUAUCCUUGGAUGAGAAAACCCAUUUAUAGACCACCAAACGUUUUGAUGGAUGACCAAACAACGUAUUCCAAGAGUUACAUGGAAACAGAAUUGCCGUCCAGGGAAAAGCCUGUGGUACCAAGCGGGACAAUAAUAUUUCCAUGUGAUGGUCAAUUCUCAGACAAAACCAUCUACAAGGAGAGUUUCUUACCCUGUGAUACGGAACCGGUAAUUCCAGUGAUACCCUGUGGAAGUAUAUCAAUACCUACCCAAAAAAUGACGUGUGAUACGACAAACAAGUUAAGCUAUCAACCGGUGAACGCUGAGAGACGUGACCUUAUAAUACCACGUCGAAGAAAUAUGAUGGGUGACGGUCCCAUGCAGAGUAUUACAACAACAAGACACGACUAUGUACCAAAAGCUGUAGGAAGACCGGAAGUCGUAAUCCCUUGCGACAACAUUAAAACAUCCAGUAAACCAUUUGAAGAUCGCACAACAACAGCGCUGUCUUACAUUCCUCCAGGACCAAUGGAGCCGGUGCAAAAUUUCAAACCCAACGUUCAAUAUUGCAGAUCCGCAGACAAGAUUGAUGGAGAUACAGUAAAUAAGUUAUCCUAUCAGCCAUGGGCCCCAGUACCCAAGCAGGAGUUACCAUGGGCACGCAAAGCCCAAUAUCAAACCCCAAAGGAUCCAAUGAUUGGAGAUUCCAUAUAUCAUAUGAGUUACCCUGCGCCUGGAUAUUAUAUAGAAGAGUGCGAGCCUACAGAGUGUCCUUGUCCCGUAGAGCAGCAAGAAAAUUGUCCUCAAUUGAACAUAAGUGUGUGUUCAUAAAAUUCAUACAAAAAGUCCAUUAUGAAUAUGGCAUAUAUAAUUCUGAAAUUUUAAAUACAUCAUAUUUUCAUAAAAUGUCUUGCAUCCUCAUUUAAAUAAUAUCAAAAAAGAAAUAACUAUUGUAUAAGAAAAUAUUUUAAUUAGUAACUGAACAAAGAAAAACAACAUAAUAGAUAUUAGGCUUAAAAUUUAUUGAAUCGCGCGUACAAACAAGUGCGCGUGACUUACAAUAUAUCUUUCGUAUGUAAAUUAGGUGUGUGUGUGUGUGUGUGUUUUUAAUUUGUGUUUAUAUAUAUAUAUAUAUAUAUUCAUUUAUUUAUAUAGAUUAUAAUUCGAAUAGUAAGAAAUCUAUCUUAUACAAACGGUAAAA